UCAGGGAAAGCGAGCCGGUGGUUUGGGGUCGCGCAGUCUAAAUCGGCCAAGACGAACGUGAAUAUCCUUCACCAAGAGGAGCUGAUAGCGCAGAAAAAGAGAGAAAUUGAGGCCAGGCUGGAGCAGCAAGCGAGACAGAAUUACCUGAGCAUACAGCAGCUGCCUCUGUUUGGAGAAGAUGACGGUACUGACAAUGAAGCCUGUGUUUCCAACAAGUUUGUUAAUGAUGGCAGUUUCCUCCAGCAGUUUCUCAAGCUGCAGAAGGAAAAGUCAAGUACUGAACCUCCCCCAAGUUCUACUAGUAACUCGGCAAACACUUCUGCAACAAAUGCUGGGAAGAAACCUAUGCUGUUUGGGAAGCGCCCUGGUCAGGUCCUGAGCAGCAUGCUGCACCAAGCGAAGAACUACUCCCAUUCCAAACAGACCCCAGUCGUUAACCGCCUCAGUGUGUUUCAGUCGCCAGAUGAAGAUGAGGAGGAAGAUUAUGAGCAGUGGUUGGAAAUUAAAGUUUUACCCCCAGAGGAUGCGGAGACCCGACAAGUGGUGGAAAAGCUGGCUAGGUUCGUGGCUGAAGGGGGACCAGAAUUAGAGAAGGUCGCUAUGGAAGACUACAAGGAUAACCCAGCUUUUUCGUUUUUGCAUGAUAAGAACAGCAGAGAAUUCCUUUACUACAGAAAGAAAGUGGCAGAGAUAAGAAAAGAGAAUCAAAGUUCUCAGGCAUCCUCUUCUCAGAAAGACGACGAAGAGACAAAGAACUCUGCUGAGAAACUGGCCAGGUUCAUAGCAGACGGGGGUCCCGAGGUGGAAGCUAUUGCCUUGCAGAACAACCGAGAGAACCAUGCUUUCAGGUUUUUAUAUGAGCCAAACAGCAAAGGCUACAAGUAUUACCGGCAGAAACUGGAGGAGUUCCGUAAGGCCAAAACCAGCACUGUGUGUGCCCCCUUGCCUGUAGAGUCCAGUCUGAAAAGGAAGACCAGUCCCGAGGCAUCACCGUCGCCUUUGUGCUUAUCAUCUUUGCCUUUGCCCUUGCCCUCACCUUUGCCUUUGCCCCUGCCCUUGCCCGUGCCCUCGCCUUUGCCCUUGCCUGUGCCCUCGCCUUUGCCCUUGCCCGUGCCCUCACCCUUGCCCUCACCUUCACCAUCAUCGUCUACAACUCCACCUGAUCAGACAGCUACAACUUCUGCUGCAACAACAGCUACAGCUACUGCUACAGGCACUACUAAAAAGAAGCGGAAGAGCAGGUGGGGACCCGAGGAGGACAAGGUUGAAUUGCCUCUCCCACAGCUUGUCCAACAGCUGGAUUCUCCCUCCCCUCUUUCAGUUCAGGACCUCAAGGGUCUUGGUUAUGAAAAAGGGAAACCGGUUGGUUUGGUGGGUGUGACGGAGCUCUCCGAAGCCCAGAAGAAACAGCUGAAGGAGCAGCAGGAGAUGCAGCAGAUGUAUGAUAUGAUCAUGAAGCACAAGCGAGCCAUGCAGGAGAUGCAGAUGAUGUGGGAAAAGGCAAUUCAGCAGCACCAGCAUGGCUAUGACAGCGAUGAAGAGGUGGACAGUGAGCUGGGAACGUGGGAGCACCAGCUUCGACGCAUGGAGAUGGACAAGACGCGAGAGUGGGCUGAGCAGCUGACCCAGAUGGGCAGAGGGAAACAUUUCAUCGGAGACUUUCUUCCGCCUGACGAGCUGGAGAAAUUCAUGGAGACGUUCAAAGCACUGAAGGAAGGACGUGAGCCAGAUUAUUCUGAAUACAAAGAGUUCAAACUGACUGUGGAAAACAUAGGUUAUCAAAUGCUAAUGAAGAUGGGCUGGAAGGAAGGCGAGGGACUUGGCUCGGAUGGACAGGGGAUUAAAAACCCAGUCAGCAAGGGAACUACUGCUGUGGAUGGUGCUGGUUUUGGCAUUGAUCGUCCCGCCGAGCUGACCAAGGAGGAUGAUGAGUACGAGGCGUUCCGUAAACGAAUGAUGCUCGCCUACCGCUUCCGACCAAAUCCAUUGAACAAUCCACGACGACCUUACUACUGAGAAUGUUUUUUGGGACAAUGUAUUUUCAAAACAAUUGUAAUUUUACUGUGAAAUGUUAUGAAACUGCAUUAUCAUUCUCUUUAUUUGCUAAUAUUGUAAAACUUAACUGAAGUCACAAUACCAUCUUUCACCCAGAAGAAAGGCCUGCGAGCCCACUCACUGCACACUCGAGUGUCAUGACAACCGUGUCGUAACAAGGCCUGGGUGGUGUUCAGAGAGGAGAACGGAGCACGUGGGAACGGGGAUCUUCACACGGUGCCCUGCUGACAGUGGGAGGGUAGCACCAAAGAUACCAAUAGGAAUAGUUCAGGGACUCCAUUCGUGUUUAGCUCAGUGCCAUGUUACAAGGAACGCAUUUUUUUUGUGUAACAGCACAUCCUCCGUUGUUCAGGUACGGAGCUUGUGCUGCUCUGGGGGUGUUUUUUUGUUUGUUGUUUGUGUUUUGGGUUUUUUUUUUUAAUGGCAAAUACAACAAGGGACUGUCUCCGACCCAGCUUUUGGGGCUAUUGUUCAGUCAGGCUGUUGUUCCCUGAAGAACUGGGUUCUGAUGCUGUCGUGAAGCCCGAAGUAUAGUCUGACCUUCAACUGACAUUGCAAAACCAGUGCCUAGUUGUUUUACCUCUGCCCUGUGGAAGAGAAGGCGUGGAUCGGUGUGGAGCGUGCCUGCAAGGGUUGAGGGGCGCAGGGCAAGUUCAUUCAACUUCAGAGGUGACAGCCUCCUGGUUUCUCGAACACUAAGUUCACCCCCAGCUUCCUAGCAAAACGAGAGACUUGCUAACACUGUCUGUGGAUUGGGGUGAUGAAGAACCAAGCCUUCAAACACAGCUUGUCAAAGGCCAUUUGGAUUUUGUUGUCAUGAGAAACCCCUCUACAAAUACCAAUUCUCUUCAUUCAGUCUGUAAAUAAAAUAAAACUCAUUUGUUCCUUAGUUUUAAUCACUGAAUUUUUGGAAAGAGCAAGAGUGGUCUUACUGUGGGUUUUCGUAGGCUGGGAGACUGCUCUAGAUCUCUUUCCUUCCAAGCAUCUUAGAGAAAACAAAGUGAGGUUGGUUGGUUUGGUUUCUUUCGCGUUUGUUUUCCCUCGGUCCAAAUACUUGGCGUGUGGUUCUCUUUUGUUAAUUUUUCUUAACAACGUAGAGUCAAGGACUUGGCUUUCAAUAAAAACAUUUGAAACGG